AGGUGCCACCUGCAAAGUCAGCGAUGGAGCAGCCUCAGGUAGCACUGCCGGAAGCAAGCUCUGCAGGGACUCCAUUUGUGCCAAAGGUGCCACCUGCAAAGUCAGCGAUGGAGCAGCCUCAGGUAGCACUGCCGGAAGCAAGCUCUGCAGUGACUCCAUUUGUGCCAAAGGUGCCACCUGCAAAGUCAGCGAUGGAGCAGCCUCAGGUAGCACUGCCGGGAGCAAGCUCUGCAGUGACUCCAUUUGUGCCAAAGGUGCCACCUGCAAAGUCAGCGAUGGAGCAGCCACAGGUAGCACUGCCGGAAGCAAGCUCUGCAGUGACUCCAUUUGUGCCAAAGGUGCCACCUGCAAAGUCAGCGAUGGAGCAGCCUCAGGUAGCACUGCCGGAAGCAAGCUCUGCAGUGACUCCAUUUGUGCCAAAGGUGCCACCUGCAAAGUCAGCGAUGGAGCAGCCUCAGGUAGCACUGCCGGAAGCAAGCUCUGCAGUGACUCCAUCAGUGCCAAAGGCGCCGCCCAAGUCGACCAUGGAACAGCCAAAGGUGACGGUGCAGAUUCUUGAGGACUCGGAUUCUUCUAGCAGUUCCGAACUUGAGGAUAAAACGCCGCCAAGCGCGUCAACAGUGCAGGCCAGUCAUGUCGCCCAGCCUGUCACAUCGAGCAGUAGUUGCUUGACAGUGGGCACUGAACGGCCACCUGAAUUGGACCAUCCAAGCCUUGAAGUCGUUGACCAGGCGGAUGUCCCAACCAAAGUGCAUCCCGAGGAAGUGAGGGCAAAAGCUGCAUCAUUGCAGAAACCGGAGGUCGAGACAGAGCGCACAGAGCGUGAGUGCAUUGUAGACCUCGAGCGUGGUGCUGUCUCCGAGAAGUGGGGCUUCCAAUGGGAUCGCGAGGCCAUGGACCGACAGCAGCAACGGGUGAUCAGUGCCGUCGCUCCAAACUCACUCGCUGAAGAUUGGAAUCGCCGCUUUCCGGGCCGAGCGGUUCGCAAAGGAUACCGCUUGGUGAAGGUGAACGGCGUGGAAGACUACGGCGGAAUCGCAGCCGAGCUCAAGAAAAAGCAGAUCACCUGUCAUUUCGAGGCUGGCCACUGACGGUGUCCCGUGCCUUCAAAGCUUCCACCUGAGUAAAUUGAGCUCGGUGCCAUGUGUCACGCGGAAAAGCCCGACAUUCGACAUUCGAGCGUAUUCAGAUGC